AUGCGAUCUCCCGGAGGUUCGACAACCCGUUCGGGAUCCCCGUGUUCACCGAAAACUCGAACGAAAAUGCCUGCCGAUGUCGGAGAUGGAACCGUAGAGAAAAAUCCAUCGAGAGAUUUAGAAUGCAACAUAAGGCAGGUUCAGUUGGCUUUAAAACAUUUCAGAGACGUUGUUAACAAGAAUAAAUUGGAAAUGCUUCCUGGGAACGGUACUGUUGUCUUAGAAACUGUUACGGCUAUACACGUGUUGCUCAAAAAAUAUGUGCUCAACGAACAAAGCUCUACUCUAGUCUCGGCUACCAAUCAAGUUUACCAAAGCGUAGCGAAGUUAAUUAAGCUUUGUGAUGAUUAUUUGUUAAUUGGUGAGAAGGCGCUUGAAAAAGAAAAUGUUAGCGAAAUUGUUAAUCUCGUCGAAGAUGCCAUUAAUAAUUUAGUUUCACUUACCAGAGAUAAGAUAAUUGUGAGAGAUGCAAAUUUCAAAUCGGUGGCAUCGGAAACUCCGGUUCAACACAAACCCAGAGCUUUACCCGACAAACCAAAUUUCGAUUUGGGACAAAGGAAUUCAUUGCCUGAUAUUCCGCUUACACCGAGAGAAAGAGAAAUUUUGGAAAGAACGUCUGCUUUCGUAUUGGAAAGACAUUCUCAAAGCACGGAAAACGUUUUGGGCGAGUCUCCACCUCCCAAGCCACCUCAUCCUGACAGAAUUAAUUUAGAUUCUACCUAUCCUCCUCCUUUGCCACCGAAGAAAAGGCAAAAAAAUCCAGAAGAUUUAACUGUUUUGAAAACUAGUAUGGAAUGUUUGAGUUUACGUAGCAAAAGUCCCGAAGAUUCUUCUUCGCUUUUAAGUGCGUCUGCUGGAAGUUUGGAUUCCGUUUUAAAUCAUCGAGAAGACGUUGAUUCUUCGGUUGGACUGGAUUCGAAAUAUGACAGAGAUGGUUGCAUUCAUAAUCACUUAUUAGAACAACACCACGGUCUUCAAAAUGGUAACCCACCGAUGUUUUCAUGGGAUUACGCUUCGUCUUCUGGUGACUUUCUCCCAGUAAACAAUUCACAAAUAACUUUAAAUUACCCCAGGAGCUCUCCGACUUUCGUACCUGAUAUAAUGUCAUCCGGAUCUCAAGCCGAAUCGGGUUUUGCAUCUUUAGCAAGCGGAAGAAGUUCAUUUCAAAGUUAUUCCACUUCUUCACAACAGUUAAAUUCAACUAGAUCAUCACAACAAAGUUAUACAAGUCAAGAAUCCCAUCACACAGAAAAAAAAAUUAUAUCGACGGAAUCGUCAUCUUGCACUCAAAAGUUUCAAACUUACGCUGUUGAAAACAUUCACGGACAAAAUUCGAGUCAAAGAACGGUUACCACAACUUCCUCGGAAAAGGUUUCUUUUCAAACCAAACAAUCGCUUACGAAAACUUGUACGGAAAUUUCCGGUGGCGGUGAUGGAACAUGGUCCGAAAAUGAUUUUCAAAAUAAAAAAUCAGAUGGAAUUCCGUGUUGUCAUCACGAAGUGAAAAUUUUCGAAUGUCCUUUUCACGCGUCUUUCUUGUCUUCAUUUACCCCCAACGAGUCUCUUAAUGUUUUCUCUCCCACGCAAAUGGGAAAUUUAAUAUUUCCACCUGAUGAUACAAAACCUCCGGCAUUACCGGAAAAAAUAAAACCACGAAUUUCCCGAGAACGUCAUUCCUCACAGUACGAUAACGUGAAAGACAACGAAUGUAUUACUACUGAGACUAGUCAUUUACAUAAUUCUUCUUUUUCUCAUACUCUCGUGAGGAAGGAAGAUGGUGUUAUAAAUCACAAGCAAAGUAAUUUCUCUUCGAUUAAUUCAGUGAAAGUCGACAGCGUAGGAGGAAUUACAAACGUUAGCCAAUCGGAUGCGUUCGAAGGCAACAUUUUGGAAUCUAAAACUAGUGGAAAUAUGACGGAGCAGUCACUCCUUAAAGUGAACGCUCUUUCCACAUCGACAAAUUGUUCCUCACCCGAUGGGAAACCUCCUCCUUUGCCACCCAAGAAAAAACAUAUUAUGGCAUACAUGGAAAUAUUUGGAAAUGCUUCUCAUGCGAAUGCGAAUGAAUUUUUAAGACAUUCUGUUCACGCUUAUAAUUUACUUCAAUCCGAAUGGCAACAGCAUCAGAAACUUUUGACUUCCGCUCAGUCAUGUUCGUUCGUCAUAAGUAGUAGUUCGAAUCAAAGCACUCCGAUAAAAACGUCAGUAAUAGAUUUUGCAAUCGAUGUGAAAUCCGAUAAAAGUUCUUUACCGCCGGCUUUGCCACCGAAAAAAAGAAAUCGUUCGAGUACGAGUUCACCUCCACAAACUCCAACUUUAAUCCCCGAGAGUCCCGUAGUCAAAAGAAACGAAUUUUUAGAUGUUCACAAGGAUGACGAAGUCGUCAGCAGUAAAGAAUCCCUCAUUCCCGAAAUAAUUCCGACCACUCCAGUGUCUACGGUUUCAAAUUUAAACCUGGAAACUUCGUCGACGGAAACGGAAAAAGAAAAUGGUUUCUCUCUUCUCGACAGAUUGAACAUAUCCGAUCAUUUGAUAUUUAAAAAUCAAGAUGACGAGGGUCCAGACAUACGAGGAGGACAUCCGGAUGCUCUUGUCGUUCAUGCGACCAAAGCUCAUAAAAAUGAUUUUCUUUAUCAGGAGGCUUUUUUAACAACUUAUCGGACUUUUAUGACUCCAUUAGAACUCAUUCAAAAACUUUGUUACCGUCAUGAAAAAUUUAGCAGCAGUCAGGAAUCAUUGAAACAAAGAGCAGCCAGAGAAUCAUUUUCACUCUUGGUGAGAGUUGUAAGUGACUUAACUCUGACGGAUUUAGAACAAGUCGUACUACAAACUUUAAUGGAAUUCGUACAACAGCUUUUAUGUCGCGGAGAUUUAACGAUGGCAAAAGCUUUGAGAGUUAUCAUGUUGAGCAAGUACGAAGCUAAAAAAUUGUACCUGAAUGCCAAUAGUUUGCUACCAUCGCAUAACGUUUACACGAGACAAUCUCUGUUGUUAGAUUUUAAAUCGGAGCAAGUCGCCGAACAAAUGACUCUGUUGGAUGCAGAAUUAUUUUUAAAAAUAGAAAUCCCUGAAGUUUUAAUAUGGGCUCAAGAGCAAAACGAGGAAAGAAGUCCAAACUUGACAAAGUUCACCGAACAUUUUAAUAAAAUGUCUUAUUGGGCGCGAUCGAGAAUACUGGAGCAAAACGAUGCGAAAGAUCGCGAAAAAUACGUCGUUAAAUUUAUUAAAAUAAUGAAGCAUUUACGUAAAAUAAAUAAUUUUAAUUCGUAUUUGGCAUUGUUGUCAGCCCUGGAUUCAGCUCCGGUGAGACGUCUCGAAUGGCAAAAACACAUAACCGAAGGACUCAAAGAAUAUUGUACCUUGAUCGAUAGUUCAUCUAGUUUUAGAGCCUACAGGCAAGCACUCGCGGAAACGCAUCCACCAUGCAUACCAUACAUAGGAUUGGUACUUCAAGACUUGACAUUUGUACACAUUGGAAACACCAAUACGUUACCCUGCGGAGGAAUUAAUUUUUCAAAAAGAUGGCAGCAAUUUAACAUAGUUGAAAAUAUGAAACCAGUUACCCUUAUAAAAAAAACGACAGGAUCAUUGCUUUUUUUAACGGUUUCGACGAUUCACUGUCGGAGGAAGCCAUGUGGCAAAUAUCGGAAAAAAUAA